AUGGCACGAGUAAGGUUGAAACGGUCUCCUCCCGAGGACGAAGACGACGCUCGGCGAAACAGGAGGAAAUUUGUCGCAUGUCAGCGAUGCCAUUCACAUAAGAUUAAAUGCUCUGGCGAUCAGCCAUGCAAAAAGUGUUGUGCGGUAGGCGUUGCCGAUGAAUGUGCCUAUGCGUCUCGCGACCGCCAGGUCAAAGUGAGCGAGAACUAUCUUGACCAGCUCGAGGCGGAGAUUCGGCGCUUGAAAGAGCAAUCGGUCACCUCGGCGGGUGCGACCGAAGCUCAACCUGCACAUGCGGAACGAACGUUAUCUCGCCCGGUGGAAGCCCCAGAUGCUACGAGUAUCCAGAAUCCCAUAAUAGGCGAUCGUGCCUGGUUCCAUCGUUAUGACCCAUCUUCACCGCCGAUAUACGUCGGCGAAGCGGCGUGUUCGGCCUUUGCGACACGGUUUCGUCGUUUUCUAACUGGCGACAAUGCUCUAGCCCAUAUUGCGCGUACACAAUGGACGCGUGAAGCAGCUAUCGCUGCUGCUGCUGCUAGUGAGGCCGAUGUCCAGUGGCCAAGUCUACAUCAUGCGAGGCUGCUGGUUAGGAUUGCCAUCCACCAAAUUGGAUAUUUGUAUCAUUUGAUGAUGCGCAAGGCUACCCUUGAUAAACUAGAAGAGAUAUACCAGGCCGGGGAGUUUGACUGUAAGACGAACAAGUGCAAGUUCUUCGCUCUGUUUGCUUUUGGACAGGCUUAUUCAAUUCGUGCAGAGCCUACGUCUGGUUCUCGCGUGCCGGGAACAGCAUAUUUUGCGAAGGCCAUGAGCUUGGUUCAGAUUCUUCCUGAGAGAACAAGCAUCACUCACCUGGAGACUUUGUUGCUGCUAUCGCUUUUUUCACACUAUCUCAACCGUCGUCACUCUGCAUACGUCCUAAUUGGAAACGCCAUGCGAAUGGGUCUCACGAUCGGUUUGAAUCACAACAUCUCCGAAUCCCAGUUCAUCGACCCCGUGGAACGACAGCACCGAAUCGAAAUCUGGUGGACAAUCUACAUUUUUGAUCGCAUGUGGGGCUCCAAAAUGGGUCUUCCCAUGCAAAUCCUCGACGAAGACAUCCAUGUCGACAUGCCAACGCCCGUUUCUCCACGCUGGAGACAUGAGGAAGAAUUAUCAGAUACCGAGUACAUGACUGCCAACAUCAAACUCGCCCGGAUUGUUGGCGAAACCAUCACAAAGCUCUACAGCCGGCGCAAAUACCAGGAAACAUUCCUGCAGCGCGUGCAGAAACUCUUGAAGUCAUUGAAGAAUUGGGUGGAUACAUUACCUGAGAGUCUGCGGCUGAAUAUGGAAGAUCUAGACUCUAGCAAGAAACCCGUUGUCUCAUUGCAUUUGGCGUUCAAUCAAUGCGUCAUUCUCUCUACUCGGCCAACCCUCCUUCACCUUCUCAUCACUCUCCACAAAGGUGGAUCUACCAGCGCAGGCGGGGAAGCAGUCUCUCAACCUGUUCUGACUCUCAGCGAGGCGUGCAUCCACGCAGCGCGUCAUUCACAUUCCAUGAUCCUCACACGCUGGAUCAACGGUACGAUGCCAACAUUCGGGUACUUCCACGCUCACUAUCUCUUUUCCUCGGCAUUGAUCUUAGCGAUGUCCAGCUUUGUGCCCAUCGGAAAUCCAAAUGACAUGAGCGGGUUUGACUCAGCCCUAGAUCUGCUGCGGUCGAUGACAGAAAAUGGUAAUUUGGCUGCUGCUGAAUUCUAUCACAACUUGGAGCAGGUGAAGGCUUGUUUGGAUACGUAUCGAGCCAAUGUCUCUGGCGAGCUACGACGGACUGAGGGAGGCCAAGAAGGCAAUGCCAAUACCAGUACAUAUGGUAUUGCCGCUCCAGUCCCAGCCCCGGAUCACAGUCCAAAUAUGGUGCCUAUAUCAUCAAUGCUGGCAGCAUCGUCAACAACCUUGACGAGUGCUCUUUCCACCGCGUCUGCACCACAGAUAAUGCCAACCGAAAAUGAUAUGUUAGCAGGGCAAUCGAGUCAUGGUACGGAUAUUUAUGCCUUGCCUGCCAGGGAUGCGGUCAAUGGGUACACAACCGAAAUGGCAUUCUUGGAGCCUACCAUGCAAGAUUUCCUCGCGCAGUCUGAUAUUGAUCUUGGUUUGCUGCACCCCGUGGAUACAUUUUUGAAUGAAGCGGAGAAUUUGUAUACUUGCCAUGAGCUUUAG